GAGCGACAGGUCUCGGGCCCCCUGGCGGAGCGGCGGGCGCCGGACCCCCAGGCAGAGCGACAGGCACCGGGUCACCAGGCACGACACGGGCAUCGGGUCACCAGGCAUCAGGUCACUUGGCUCGACAGCGGGCACCGCGUCAUCUGGCAAGGCAGUGCGCUCCGAGUCAACUGGCAUGACCGCGGGCACUGGGUCAGACAUUGGAUCGUCUGGCUGGACAGCGGGCAUCGGGUCACCAGGCAUCAGGUCAUUUGGCUCGACAGCGGGCACCGCGUCAUCUGGCAAGGCAGUGGGCUCCGAGUCAACUGGUAUGACCGCGGGCACUGGGUCAGACAUUGGAUCGUCUGGCUGGACAGCGGGCAUCGGGUCACCAGGCAUCAUGUCAUUUGGCUCAACAGCGGGCACCGCGUCAUCUGGCAAGACAGUGGGCACCAAGUCCCCAGG